AUGAACCCUGACCCCCCAUUCAGAACUGCAGAGAAAAAUGCAGUCUCUCCUGUUUCUCUUUGUCUCCUACUUUCUCCAUUUCCCCCCAUCUCUAUUUUGCACUGCCCUUCUCUGUCUCUCUCUGUCUCCUCCUGUUCUGCUCUGUUUCCUCCUUUCUUUCUAUAUCUCCCUGUCUUUCUCUGUCUCCCACCUGUCUCCAUUUGUCUCACCCUGUCACCUUCUGUCUCUUUUUGCCUUUCUCCUCCUGUCUGUCUAUUUCUCAUUGUCCCUCUUUGUCUCUUCCUGUAUGCCUCACUGUUUCUCACUGUCCUUUUCUGUCUCCUGUCUCUUACUGUUUCCUCCUGUCUCUUUCUGUUCUACUCUGCCACUUCCUCUCUCUUUACCUCUCCCUGUUUUUCUCUUUCUCUCUUCUUGUUUCUCUCUGUCUUUCUGAGUUUCCUUUUGUCUCUCUAUCUCUUUGUCUUUCGAGUCUCUCCUUGUCUCUCCUGUCCUAAUCUAUCUCUCUAUCUAUCCAUGUCUAUCCUAAUCUAUCUAUCUAAAUCUCAUCUAUCUCUCUCAGUCUCUUCAUAUCUAUCUAUUUUAGUCUCUUCAUAUCUAUAUAUCUAUUCAUAUCUCUGUCUAUUCAUAUCUAUCUCAGUCUCUUUGUAUCUAUCUACCUAUCUCAAUCUAUUCAUAUCUAUCUAUCUAUCUAUGUCUCUUCAUCUCUAUCUAUCUUGCUAUCUCUUCUAA